AUGACGACUCCCACCGAAACUCCUACCACUGUUACUCUGAAGGACUCCAACUAUGGACAAAUCCUCAGAACGAUAGAGAAUUGCACGUUCAGCGAAACCGCUAUUCUGACCCCCACGUACUCCCGAGAGAUCGACAACAUCCUCGGAGACAUGAAUGCAACCCUCGCGUCCGGCACUUCCCUUGCUGUACACAUCAUCAAAACUACAAAACUGCUAGAAGAUGCAGCUCUUCGUACAGACUUAGAUGCAGCUACAGCGAAGCCUCCCGCCGAAGAAGAACCCCGCCCCGUGCACUCGCUACCAAAGAAGAGAGCGGCCACAAUUGAUCGCACCCGCACUACACUUUGUAGAUGCUGCGGAAGAUACAGACACAUGUUCAAACAGUGUCCUGACUAUGUCUGCUGCGUAUGCAGUGAGAUAGGACUGGAUCAUCUAUCGAUCCAUUGCCCUGAACUCAAAGGACACAUUGUGCUCCAAGAGUUUUCAGAUGAAGAGAAGUUCUUUGAAGCUCUCUUAGAUUAG